CAGCAUCGAGUUCAAGCGAACCAUCGUGUGCAAGGAUAGUUCUGGUCACAGUCCCGCCGGUCGCACACACAUGCAGCUCAAAGCAGGAAUACUGCAUAUCCGUCUGAAAUCUGAAGGGUCUUAUUUAUGAGCAAUUCCUCGUUUUCUUAUUAUUUUUUUUCUCGCCCAUUUCGCGGCGCCCAUUCUCGAAGCAAAACCCUAACUGUUCCCUGUUGGAUUCGAACACCCAAAAGAUUAAAUACCUCUCUUAGAUUCGCUCCCCACCAACCCAUGCCCUAGGUUCGAAUUUUCUCAUUUCAUUAUUCCUCGCGAUCUCGGCUGCUUUGGACGAGCCCAUUCCGUACUCCGUUAAAAAUCGUUCACAUUCCUUAGAUCGCCUUCCCGACUUCGGAAUCUCCGUCUGCUUCUUGUAUGUAUCUCUCUCUAGCUUCUCCAAUCGAACUGGCAUCUGGGUGCUGAUGGAUUCUAGCCGAGGAAGCUCGGAUGAGUUGAAGAGGACAAAUAAGGGCAGAUCGAAGACGAAUUGCAUGGCAAAAGAAAGCCUUUUGAAGCAGAAAUCCCCGGCUGAGUUCUUCGCUGAGAACAAGAACAUAGCUGGAUUCGACAAUCCUGGAAAAUCAUUAUACACAACCGUGAGAGAACUUGUGGAAAAUGCUCUUGAUUCGGCCGAGUCUAUUUCUCAGCUCCCAGAUAUCGAGUUAAUAAUAGAAGAGAUCACUAAGAACAAAUUCAACACAAUGAUUGGUCUUGUUGAUCGACAGCGGGUUGAUGAAGAACUUUAUGAUGAUUUUGAGACUACUAAGGCUCGUGAGAAGCGUCUUGCCAAAGAGGCACGUAUGCAAGAAAUUCAAGCUAAGAAUGUUGCCCUUGGGAAGAAGCUGAAAGAACCUCCUGCUAUCAAGGGUGGGAAAGGUCGAGGUGAAGCAUCAUUCUUUAAAGUAACCUGUAAGGAUAACGGAAGAGGGAUGCCACAUGAUGAAAUCCCAAAUAUGUUUGGAAGAGUUCUCUCUGGUACAAAAUAUGGGUUAAAACAAACACGUGGGAAAUUUGGACUUGGUGCAAAAAUGGCAUUGAUUUGGUCUAAGAUGAGCACAGGGCUUCCCAUCGAGAUUCUGUCAGCUACAAGGGGCCAAAAUUAUGCAUCUUUUUGUCGAUUAGACAUCGAUAUACAUCAAAACAUUCCUCAUGUUCAUCUACAUGAAAAAAGGGAAAACAAAGACAAGUGGCAUGGAGCUGAAAUUCAAAUUAUCAUCGAGGGCAACUGGACUACUUAUCGUUCAAAGAUUCUUCAUUAUAUGCGGCAGAUGGCUGUGAUCACCCCUUAUUCUCAGUUCUUUUUUAAAUUUAUUUCAGGCAUUUCAGAAAAGAAUUUGACAAUUAGAUUUGCACGAAGAACAGAUGUAAUGCCUCCAGCUCCUCUUGAGACAAAGCACCACCCCUCUGCUGUUGAUAUACUACUCAUCAAACGCCUUAUUGCAGAAACUUCAAAGCAAACACUUCAGCAAUUUCUUCAACAUGAAUUUGUAAAUAUAAGCAAGUCAUAUGCUGAACGUUUAGUGGGGGAAAUGGGCCCUGAUUUUGGUCCAAAAAUGGCUGUGAAAAAUCUAACAUCUCAUCAAAUUGUUCGGAUUCAUCAACUAUUUCGUCAGGCUAAAUUUGAUGAUCCUAGUGGUGAUUGUCUUAGUCCAGCAGGGGAAUACAAUCUCCGUCUUGGAAUCAUUAAGGAGCUGCAGCCAGACAUGGUUGCCACAUGUUCAAGCAGUCCCCAGGUUUUUGAAGGGCAUCCAUUCAUUGUUGAAGCUGGAAUUAGCCUUGGCGGAAAAGAUGUAAAACAAGGUCUUAAUAUAUUCCGUUUUGCAAAUCGUAUACCACUUUUAUUUGAGCAAGGAGCAGACGUCGUCACAAGAACUGCUAUGAAAAAGAUCAACUGGAGUAGUUACAAGAUCAAUCAGAUGCAAGAUAAAAUUGGUGUGUUUGUAAGCAUUGUAAGCACAAAAGUACCCUUCAAAGGAACUGGGAAGGAAUAUAUUGGAGAUGAUAUUACUGAAAUUUCUUCAGCAGUCAAGUCUGCUAUCAAACAAUGUUGUCUUCAACUGAGAUCUAAAAUAGUGAAGAAACUUCAAGCUCGUGAACGACAGGAGAGGAAACGCAAUCUGACCAGGUACAUUCCAGAUGCUUCAAGAGCCAUCAUGGACGUCCUUGAAGAAAUGGCUCAGAAUUAUGAACCGAAGAGGCAGCGCUUUGACAAAGAGGACGAUGAACUUUUAAAUAAAAUAGCAUCUAAGGAGAUAACGGAGAUGACCUUCGGAGAAAGCCUUUCUCAAUAUGUUGAGCAGGUGGAUUAUGAGAUGGCCUUGGAAUAUGCUACACAAAGUGGAGCAAGCGAGGAACCAAGGGAACCCAUUUAUUUAAGUUCACUCGAAGGCUCCUACAACUCGAUUGUGUUGUCUGUUGGGGAACAAUUUGAAGUUUCAAAAACCACACCGAAGCUGAGUGAUCAUACCGAAAGGCUGAAUCUGCACCAGUACUUAUGCAGAAGAGAGAAAAACUUGAUAACCGCUGGCUGAUACAGGCUCUAGAAUGAUUGACCGUGUUCUUCCUUGGUGAUCAAUCAUGUUCCAGGAACAAGCGCAUCUCUCUUCCCUAGAGAAGAGCACUCUACAGAAUCAAGGCUCUUUUUUGUUUGCUUGUUUGUUUAUUUAAGGUAAAUCAUCAGAUAUGACAAAAUCUGCAUGGUGCGUUUGUGUUGUUCUUAUGACUACUAACUAUUAUAUGAAUCGUUUGCGCAACGGGGCGCUGGAGAACGAGCCCAAACCCUGUGUGCCUUCCAUUUCAUA